CAACAAAGAAAGUAGUACAUAACAAGGAAUCAAAAAGCUCCAACAGACAAAAACCUUUGAAACCCAAACUCCAACAAAGCAGCAGAAGAAGAACCAAAAGCCGAAAGCAAAAAAACAACAAACAACAAUGGCAGUCACAUCUACUAAUCUCAACCAUAUCGCCUCUCUCUUUGUAAAUUCUCCUCUCGUACUCUCUCAUCCCAUACCAAAGUACUCCUUUUGCUCUAUUCCUCUUAGCGACUCUCGUGUCCUCAGAACCAACUUCAAAACCUCAAGAAGUCACAGACCCUUUUCUGUACAAGCCAUGUCUGAAUCCUUUGGGUCUCGCCUCGAAGAGAGCGUGAAGAAGACAGUGGCUGAGAACCCAAUUGUUGUUUAUUCCAAAACUUGGUGCUCGUACUCUUCUGAGGUCAAGGCUUUGUUCAAAAGACUUGGUGUGCAGCCUUUAGUCAUUGAAUUGGACGAACUCGGUCCCCAAGGGCCACAAGUGCAGAAGGUUCUAGAGAGGCUUACUGGCCAACAUACUGUACCGAAUGUCUUUAUUGGGGGCAAUCAUAUUGGCGGGUGUACAGACACAGUGAAGCUGUACCGAAAAGGUGAACUCGAACCUUUGCUAUUAGAAGCUAAUACUAAGAAUACAGAGAGCUAGUCCCUCGGACAUGUAGUCAUUCAAAGAAUCUGUUCUUCAUGCCAACCUGGGAUUUUUCAAGAAAACAUAUCACAUUUCUGUCUCUGCAAAUAUCAUGCAUUAGAUUUACAGUGAACCUUCUUAGCUAGUAAAUUCGUAUAAAAUCCUUAAGUUCUGGAAGUUGCUGAAGGGUAUGCGCAUCUAAAUGCUGAGGGUACCUGUGGGUGUGGUUGGAACUGUACAUUUAUUUGGAUGUAACUUUAUUAUUACCCCUCCACACCCCCCCCCCCCCCCCACUCACUUUUUUUUCUUAUUUCGGUUGCUUUGUAAUUUUAUUUCUUAUUUUUGGUUUUUAAGUUACAUUCCAUGUUUUGGAAAAGUACCAAAUAGUUUAAUGAGGAAAUAACUGUGCUGAGAUUUCGGAAGUGAGAAAUAA